AUGGCAAGCUUGCCAAAGGAAGCCAAGAAAGACACAGCUGUGAAGCAUGCCCUUGAAGUUCGUUAUGCCUUUUCGUCUGGCAACUAUGUCCUGUUUUUCAAAUUGUACAAGAUGGCACCCAACUUGAACUCAUGUCUUAUGGAUCUCUAUGUGGAGCGAAUGCUUUUUGUGGCUAUGAAAUGCAUGUCCAAGUCAUAUCGCCCAACUGUACCAGUUAGAUACGCUGCACGGGUUUUGGGAUUUGUGGGAAUUGAUAAAGUUUGUGAGGCUAAUGGAGCUGAUGGACUGGAAGAAUGCGAGGAAUGGUUAAAAGCACAUGGUGCUGUUCUUUCAGUAGAUAACAACGGAGAAUUACAGAUAGACACAAAGGUUUCUUCUACUUCUUUGUACUUGCCGGAACCUGAGAAUGCUGUUUCUCAUGGUGAUGCAUCUCUGGCUGUGGGUGACUUUUUGACACGAGCAUCAUCAUAA